AUGUACAGGGGCUGCCGCCGCCAUGUAACACAGGUAACCAACAAGGACCCGCUGAACAGCGCAGGGGACGCUGCUCAGCCUUCUGUGAUGAUCUCCGUAUCACUUUCCAGGGGCUCCACAGCUAGUCAGACACUUCUGAGCUCCUGCUCCAACCUGCAAGAGGUGGAGGCUGCCCUGCUGAGGGCUCUGGGCUGGGGCAGCAGCCGGACACUGAGAACCCACAGCCCCAACAGCCCCACAGCCUGGGCAGGAGACGGGCAGCACCAGCGACCCGGCAGGUGGCGCCGACGGAUUCCUGCAGGAAGCAGAAGCAGAUGGGGCCGCCUCCCUGGAGCCGGGCGCUCCCGGAGCCCCGUGGCGUCGCUGGAGAGCGCCUCGGGUGGACAUAGCACGCAGGCCCGCACCCGCACACGGGGUGGCCACCACGCUGGGGGCCUUCAGGACGGCCAGCCCACGCCACGCUGCCCACUGGCAAGCCGAGGUACAGGACACUGCACACGCACGCACGCAAGUCGGAAAACCAUCUCUCAGCCGGAGUCUGUCACCAGGAACCGAGAGAACGAGGCGAUGAAGGCAGAGGAAGACCAGAGCCGGAGGCACAGCUCUGGUAACAGAGAGGGGGACGCGCGGCUCCGGGGAGGCUGCGUUCAUUUACACUCAUCGUGA